AUGUUGGCGUCCCUGCUGCAGGUGGUGCCUGUCCUUCAUGUUUCGGACCUCGUCCCUUUGGUAUCCCUCCUGCAGCUUCUUGCGGCUGCAAAAUUUUCGCCUGAGACCGCGAUGUUCCAAACCAUACGGGCCCAGUUGCAGGCCAGAGCCAACCACAUGACAGAAAGUCUUCACAUGGCCGUGCUCUCGGGUGCAUAUUGUCCUGCUAUCAAUCGCACUGCCUGUGCUGUGCUUCGCUUCGAAGCUUUUGACUGUCGCUUCGACCAUCGCUUGGAAGAUGUGCUGCCGUGCUUUCGUGGCGCCCUUGAUGCCUACGAGCCAGGUGACACGUCUCCAACGGAACUCGUGGAGCGUUUCAAAGCUUACAAUGCGCACGCUCCGGAGCUCGUGGCGGUCUUGGCGUUCCUGUCGGAGACUACCGCUGCUUCGGGACAUUGGCUUUGCCCUCCAGGGUCGCGCGGGCGCGAAUACUUCAUCAUCCAAUUUGCGUACCGCAACCUACGUGCAGCUCUCGUGUUCGAAGCUCCGCCGCGCCAAGUGAUUGUGCUCGACUAG